GCUCCCCUCUGGUCAACAUGUCUUCCUCGGAGGCUAAUAAUGGCCCGAGCCAAGCCGCACCUUAUCCGGGUGUACCACCCUCAGGGAUGCCACCCCCCUUUAUGGGACCACCAGGAAUACCACCUCAUUUCCCUCCCAUGGGUAUGCCCCCGUUGGGGCAGCGACCGCCCAGCAUGACUCCGAUGCCGCCUGGCAUUAUGCCGCCCGGGAUGCUGCCAUCGAUGUCAGCUCCUCCGAUGGGACAGAUACAAGGUAUGAUGCCGCCCAUGAUGGGGAUGAUGCUGCCUCCUCGCCUGCCAGCUGCGACCCUGCAGCCCACUGGGCCGCCUGGUGUUGACACCCCAGCUGCGCCAGGAACCACCAGUACAACAAAUGGAUCUGCACAGGAAGAACAGCCCAAGAAGAAAUCCGUGUGGACUGAACACAAAUCACUGGAUGGAAAAACCUAUUACUACAACACGGAAACCAAGCAGUCCACCUGGGAGAAACCAGAGGAUCUCAAGUCUCCCGCAGAACAAAUGUUGUCGAAAUGUCCUUGGAAAGAGUACAAGUCGGACACAGGCAAGCCGUAUUACUACAACUCCCAGACAAAGGAGUCCAGAUGGACCAAGCCCAAAGAGCUGGAGGACCUGGAAGCCAUGAUCAAAGCUGAGGAGAAUGGGCCACCGGAAGUAGCAGCUCUUAACAUCACCGCCGAGCCCGUGCUGCAAGCUGAAAGCGCGCAAGCGUCGGCGGCCCCCGCCGCGGAGGCGGAGCCGGUGGAAGCGGUCCCCGAGGAUCAAACGUCACUGGCGGCCGCGCAUCAAACACCCGAGGUCAAGACCACCGACGUGCCCGCGGCGGCGGAGAGCAGCGUCCCCGCGGAGGCUCCGGCCAGCGCCGAAGUCAAGAAGGAAGAACCACGGCCGGAAAUUCAGAAGAAGGUUUUGAAAUGGAACACCAAGGAGGAAGCCAAGCAGGCCUUCAAGGAGCUGCUGAAGGAGAAGGGCGUGUCCUCCAACUCUUCAUGGGAACAGGCGAUGAAAUUGAUUAUCAACGACGCCCGCUACAGCGCUCUCCCCAAGCUGAGCGAGAAGAAGCAAGCAUUUAAUGCCUACAAGGUCCAAACGGAGAAAGAAGAGAAAGAGGAGGCCAGAAUUAAGUACAAGGAGUCAAAAGAAACCUUCCAGAGGUUCCUUGAGAACCACGAGAAGAUGACUUCCACCACCAGAUACAAGAAAGCAGAGCAGAUGUUCAACGACCAGGAGGUGUGGAGCUGCGUCCCCGAGAGAGACAGGCAGGAGAUCUACGAAGACGUCCUGUUCUACCUGGCCAAGAAGGAGAAGGAGCAAGCCAAGCAGCUGAGGAAGAGGAACUGGGAAGCCUUGAAGAACAUUCUGGACAACAUGGCCAACGUCACCUACCGCACCACCUGGUCAGAAGCCCAGCAGUACCUGCUGGACAAUCCCACCUUUGCCGAGGACGAAGAGCUCCAAAACAUGGACAAAGAGGACGCGCUCAUUUGCUUCGAGGAGCACAUCCGCGCGCUGGAGAAGGAGGAAGAGGAGGACAAGCAGAAGACUCUCCUGAGGGAGAGGAGGCGCCAGCGCAAGAACCGAGAGUCCUUUCAGAAAUUUCUGGAUGAGCUCCACGACCACGGCCAGCUUCAUUCGAUGUCCGCCUGGAUGGAGAUGUACCCCACCCUGAGCUCCGACAUCCGCUUUGCCAACAUGCUGGGCCAGCCAGGCUCCACCCCUCUGGACCUUUUCAAAUUCUACGUGGAAGACCUCAAGGCACGCUACCACGACGAGAAGAGGAUCAUCAAAGACAUCCUGAAGGACAAGAGCUUCCUGGUGGAAGUCAACACCGGCUUUGAUGACUUUGGCUCGGUCAUCAGCUCAGACAAGCGAGCCACCACACUCGACGCCGGAAACAUCAAGUUGGCCUUCAACAGCUUGCUGGAGAAGGCGGAAGCCAGAGAGCGGGAGCGGGAGAAGGAGGAGGCCAGGAAGAUGAAGAGGAAAGAGGCGGCUUUUAAGACCAUGUUGAAGCAGGCCACGCCCGCCCUGGAGCCGGAUGACGCGUGGGAAGCCGUGAGGGAGCGGUUCCUGAAGGAAGCAGCCUUCGAAGAUGUCACGCUGGAGUCGGAGAGGAAGAGGAUCUUCAAGGACUUCAUGCACGUUUUGGAGCAUGAAUGCCAGCAUCACCACUCCAAGACUAAGAAGCACUCCAAGAAGUCCAAGAAGCACCACAGGAAGCGAUCCCGCUCUCGAUCGGGCUCCGAGUCUGAAGAGGAAGAAUAUCACAAGAAGAAGAAGCGGUCGGCGUCCAAAACCCCGUCAGAGCGCUCCUCGAGUGGUGAGUCAGAGAGAAGUUACAAGAAGUCCAAGAAGCACAAGAAGAAGGCCAAGAAGAGACGACACAAGUCUGGCUCCCCCGAAUCGGACGUGGUCGACAAGAAAGGACGAGACGCCAAAAGGGACAAAGACAACGAUAAAGAGAAAGACGGCGACAAGGCCCGAGGGAAGUCGCACUCGGACGGCAAACACAAGUCGCCCAAACGCAAAGCCGCCAAGGAGGAGGGCGGCUGGGACACGUCAGGAAGCGAACUGAGCGAAGGCGAACUGGAGAAACGACGACGAACUUUACUGGAGCAGCUGGACGCGCCUUGAUGAAACGUCGUCGCCUCACCGCACACUUGCAUUCUUUUCAAAGGGCACAUCGCCCCCUCUAGGUCUCCGCUGGGAUCGCGGACACUGAACUCAUUUAUUCCCAGGAUCUUAAUUCUGUCUAAUCGCGUUCCUGAUUUGUAUUUUUUAUUUUUAGGCUUUGUUUAGUGAUUGCUGAUGUUCUCUAUCAGCAACAUUUAGUUUUGAGCAGCAACUUGGAAACGCCGAGAGCGAAAGUUGUAGGGUAGCCGCUCAUUGGAUGUGAGUGCAGUACGCCACCUUUUAAUUCAAGCAUUCAAACUAACUUCUAUGUAAUAAAAAAUGAGUGUUCCAUG